AUGGCGUCACGCUUGGCACGAAGCGCCGUCGGCGCUCCCCUCCUCCGACCCGUCCUCGCCCGCCGAGCUGCCCCUGCCUUCUCCGUUGCCGCCGCGCGAUACAACAGCAAUGUUCCCGCCGAGGACCCAAAGAAGAAGGCUCAGAGCAUCAUCGACUCUCUUCCCGGUAACAGCAUCCUCAGCAAGAGCGCCAUUCUCAGCUCCGCCGCCGCUCUCUCCAUCUACGCCAUCUCCAGCGAGUACUACGUCAUGAACGAGGAGACCAUCAUCGCCGUCUCCCUUCUUUCCGUCUGGGGUGCUCUGAUCAAGUACGGUGGCCCUGCCUACAAGGAGUGGGCUGAGGCGCAGAACAACAAGAUCAAGAACAUUCUCAACAGCGCCCGUGCCGACCACACCGAGGCUGUCAAGGGCCGUAUUGAGGACGUCAAGCAGAUGGGCAGCGUUGUUGAGAUCACCAAGAACCUGUUCGAGGUUUCCAAGGAGACCGCCAAGCUUGAGUCUGAGGCUUUCGAGCUUGAGCAGAAGACCGCUCUGGCUGCUGAGGCCAAGGCCGUCCUUGAGUCCUGGGUCCGAUACGAGAGUCAGGUCAAGCAGCGCCAGCAGAAGGAGCUUGCUCAGUCCGUUAUCGCCAAGGUCCAGAAGGAGCUCGAGAACCCCAAGGUCCUUCAGCAGAUCCUCCAGCAGAGUGUUGCUGAUAUUGAGAAGAUCGUUGCCUCGAAGGCCCAAUAG